AGAUGGAGUCUUGCUCUGUCACCCUGGCUGGAGUGCAGUGGCAUGAUCUUGGCUCACUGCGACCUCUGUCUCCCGGAUUCAAGCAAUUCUCUUGCCUCAGCCUCCUGAGUAGCUGAGAUUACAGGCAUGCACUACCACACCCAGCUAAUUUUUAUAUUUUUAGUAGAGACAGGGUUUCACCAUGUUGGCCAGGCUCGUCUCAAACUCCUGACCUCAAGUGAUCCACCCACCUUGGCCUCCCAAAGUGCUGAGAUUACAGGCGUGAGCCACCUCGCCUGGCUCCAGCUAAUUCUUUUGAUUUUUUGUAAAGAUGAGGUCUUGCUCUCCUGCCCAGGCUGUCUCAAAAUCCUGAGUUCAAGUGAUCUUCCUGCCUCGGCCUCCCAAAGGUGUGGGAUGACAGGUAUUAGCCACCAUGCCCAGCCCAAAUUUUAAUUUUUUAUAAUAGAUGUGAAUGCUUUAUGGUAGUAAAUGAUAAAAUGGACUAGUAUUUACAUAUUUUAUGCAUCCAUCAUGACAUACCUUAAUUUUUUGAUAUUUCAAAAAAUGAGAAUCACCUAAGUUUAUUCAAAUUGUCACAAAUCCUUUCUUCUCCGAGAAAACACCAAAUGGUGGAUGACACCAGUGCAGCGGGGGGGCCCGGAGGCCCUGGCGGCCCUGGGAUGGGGAACUGCGGUGGCUUCCGCGGAGGUUUCGGCAGUGGCAUCCGGGGCCGGGGUCGCGGCCGUGGACGGGGCCGGGGCCGAGGCUGCGGAGCUCGCGGAGGCAAGGCCGAGGAUAAGGAGUGGAUGCCCGUCACCAAGCUGGGCUGCUUGGUCAAGGACAUGAAGAUCAAGUCCCUGGAGGAGAUCUGUCUCUUCUCUCUGCCCAUUAAGGAAUCAGAGAUCAUUGACUUUUUCCUGGGGAUCUCUCUCAAGGAGGAGGUUUUGAAGAUUAUGCCAGUGCAGACGCAGACCUGUGCUGGCCAGCGCACCAGGUUCAAGGAGUUUGUUGCUAUCGGGGACUACAAUGGCCACGUCGGUCUGGGUGUUAAGUGCUCCAAGGAGGUGGCCACCGCCAUCCAUGGGGCCAUCAUCCUGGCCAAGCUCUCCAUUGUCCCCGUGCGCAGAGGCUACUGGGGGAACAAGAUCAGCAAGCCCCACACCGUCCCUUGCAAGGUGACAGGCUGCUGCGGCUCUGCGCUGGUGCACCUCAUCCCUGUACCCAGGGGCACUGGCAUUGUCUCCGCACCUGUGCCCAAGAAGCUGCUCAUGAUGGCUGGUAUCGAUGACUGCUACACCUCAGCCUGGGGCUGCACUGACACCCUGGGCAACUUUGCCAAGGCCACCUUUGAUGCCAUUUCUAAGACCUACAGCUACCUGACCCCCGACCUCUGGAAGGAGACUGUAUUCACCAAGUCUCCCGAUCAGGAAUUCACUGACCACCUCAUCAAGACCCACACCAGAGUCUCUGUGCAGCAGACCCAGGCUCCAGCUGUGGCUACAACAUAGGGUUUUUAGACAAGGAAA